AUGCCCGAUCACGGCGGCGUCUUAUCUCUCCUACCUCUUCCACGAUCUGCCAAAGCCGAUCGCAUCAAACGGGCUCCUACCGUUGGUCGUACCAUGUCGGACAAUAGCUGGGUUGCAGUAGGGACAGGUGGUUCGCCAGGGCCAGAACAACCCAUGCCGAGGGUUGGCAGGUGUAAUCGGCAGCAGCCAUGUCUCAACUGCAUACGACGCCACAUUCCCCAUCUGUGCAACCCAGCUGCAAGAGCUGCAAAGCGACGGGAACGGCGUAUUGACGCUAUCUCCCCAGUGCGACAGACUUCAGAAGCUGAGUCUGAGGUCCGGAGUGCGGGGUCAUUAUCGGAUGCUCGCUCGCAAGCAGCUGAUGCUUCGGUUGGAAAUUUGUGGCCAUCGCGCGGAGCUCCGUCUUAUCAUGGCAAUUCGUACUUCGGCCACCAAGCCGCAGCAACUAUGAUGCAGGUACCCAGUCCCGAUAUACCGGUUGGGCUGAAUCCGGGGCGUAUACCAAGCACUGGGGCCACGCGAUCAUUCCGGAACGAACGCGGCCCUUAUGCCCAUGUUUGGGAGAUGAUUGGGCACCUGCCUCGCCAGAAAGCAGUAGUCGACGGUUUGACGGAGCGGUUCUUGAUGGAAUUGAAUGGCGUUUUUGAUGGCGUACACGCGGAAACAUUUCGAACCCACUAUGAGAACUUCUGGGACCGACGACGUGGAUGGGACGACAUGACCAACGUCGACCUGCGAUGGCUCUCGCUGCUGUUCAUCAUCCUCGCUUUCAGUGAGCUCCUCGGCUGUCCCCAGCCAUGCUCCGUCGAAACGCAGCAGGAUCGCGAAGAGUCCUCCCUACACUUCUAUUGGGCGGCACGAAAAUGUGUGGUGAUCUCGCCGACCUUUUCCGGAGAAAGUGCAGACCUAGUUCGAGCAGGGAUCCUGAUAACUCGAUACAACAUCUACCUGGGACGGGUCCCUGAAAGUUGGACGACCGUUAGUUUCGCGGUGCGUAUGGCUCAGGCCCAGGGGAUGCAUAUCGACGGCGAGCGCUGGGGACUUCCACGUAAAGUACUCGAGACUCGGCGCCGUCUCUGGAGCACGCUGUAUUACCUCGAUCGGACCAUUGCGCUCGCGGUUGGGCGUCCUUACACUGUAAAUGACAAGCAUUGCGAGCACAUGAAGAUCACCAAUACCUGGGUUGAUGAUCUGGACCCUGACAAUGCGGCUAUCGCAGAGCCCAAGGCCCUGAGUGAUCCGACCCCAAGCAUCUACCAUUUGUACCAGCAGAAGCUGGCUUCAAUCCUGGGGUCCAUCUUGGACGAUUGCUUUGCCCUGACCCCACGAUCGACGGCAUACAGCACGUAUGAACGUGCCUUGGACAUUGACCAGGAACUUCUAGCCUGGGCACAGUCAUUGCCCUCGUACUUCCAGCUCGAAGACCCCGACCGGUCAAUGGAUAGUUCGCUACCCGUCCUACCGUGGCAUCGACUGUAUCUGCACUCGGCAUAUUACUUUGCAAGGGUCACCCUCCACCGACCAUAUGUCCUGCUCCCAUCCAUAACCGGCCAGUUCAAAUACAGUCAAGAUGUCUGUUUCGCAUCCGCCUGUGCGCACCUCACCUCGAAACUGUCUUUCCGCGCAAUGACAAUGGCAGAAAGAUUGAAGUUCAAUAUCGUCGCCCAUCACUUCUCGAACAGCGCUUUGGUUCUUGCCGUCAUGGCCGUACGGGAUCCGCACUUCCCGAGAACCAUGGCCAUAGUUACCGACCUUCAGUCAUAUUGUGAGAAGCAGUACGCCGAUAGAUGGGUCAAUGAGUUCCAACUUGCUGAAGUGAAGGUUGUCGAGCUUUGUGUCUCGCGGAUAAAGGCUUCGAGUCGAUAUAGAGGAACUCAUGUACUAGACACCCAGGGAGCAGUGGUAGACAAUGUAAGGCCAUCUGUACCCAGGCCACUACCAGAGCCAGAGACACUGGGAACCAGCCAUGAGCCAGACGUGGUCUUCGAGGAUAUGACUGGGUUAUCGCGUCUACUCGAGUGCGGGACAUGGGAGGAGAUCAUGGGAAGAAUGGAAAGUGAAAUUGCCAGUUGA